AGAGAGAGUUCAGGGAUGUGGCUAAUCUAUCUCCAACACCCUCCCUCCUCUCCCUCCCUAUCCUCGACACGCACACAGUUUCUUUUUCAGUGCGUCAGAAAUGUUGCUGGUGGAAGUUUCGUCCCUGCUGCUCCUCUGCCUCUCUGCAGCUGCAGAUCAGCAGGGGACAACAGUGAAGCAUGGAGACGAUGCCACUCUUCAGUGUCACUGUCCUAGCCAUGCUGCCGUCAGUCUGUUAAAGUGGACCAGACUGGAACAGAAGUCAGAUGGUUACGUGUUUGUCUACCGGGACAACCGGUUGUACGAAAAAUACCAGCAUCCGUCUUUUCAAGGUCGAGUGGAGCUGAGAGAUCCAGAGAUGAAGGACGGAGACGUGUCUGUGACUUUGAAGAACGUCACCGUGAAUGAUGCUGGAACGUACAAGUGUCAAAUUACCAGCAUCAUAACAGAGAAUGGUGAAAGAUCAACCAUUGAGUUCAGCAGCAUCGUCAACCUGACUGUCACAGACUCAAGCCCCUCAGCUCCACUGGCUGAAGGAAACAAGGAUGAAGGAAACAAGGAGGAAGGAUACAAGGAUGAAGGAGACAAUGGUGGAGGAAACGAGGACUGGAGAAAGAGUCAGAACACUGUUAUACUUGCAGCUUGUCUGACAGUUGCUGUCAUUUCAUUUAUUAUUGGGGCUGUCGUCUUUAUCAGAUAUAAGUUGAUGAACAGAUCGAGGUAUGUCUAACCAGAGAACAAAGAGAUGGACGCUGGACUUCAUGUGACACAAACAAACCACAUGAGCCAAUGAGUUGAUCAGCAGAAAUAUUCAGCUGUUUGAUCACAAGUGUGGGGGGGGCGAAUGUCCCCUCUGUCCAUGUUUUUACUGUAGAUUCUUGUUGUUCUUGGUUUGUACCCUCGGGGUUGCAUGCACUUAUUGUAAGUCGCUUUGGAUAAAAGCGUCAGCUAAAUGAAAUGUAAUACUCUGGAGGAGGAGGUUCACAGGAAAGACCAAGAGCUCCUCCUGGAUCAGACCCGGUCUUUACAGUCCGACACACACACUAAGAAACACACACACACACACACACAACAGAGUUACUGUAGUGUUUUUAAAACAAACACACACUCAGUAGUUGAUUCUGCAUAGUGAGUGAGACAGCUGUGAAAAGCUGUGUUGUUUACAUGGCAGUACCCUGCCACACUGCUGCUGACAGAACCAGGCCUGAGAGAGAGGAGUAUUGUGUUAUUUAUCUUUUUAUUUUCAUGUGAAUGUCCUGUAUAUCAGUAUUCUGCUCUGUGAACCCUCCUGUCCAAUGUGGUACGUGUCGCUCAGGAACCUGUCUUCAUUUGGAAGAAGACGGUGUCAUUCCAAUUUUGAAUUCAUGUUACUGUGACUACUUUCUGAAAGAGCUAUAUAAAACAGCUGUAAUGUAUAAAGUGAAAGUCUGUACUGUAAGGAGUGUUAGAGGUAUUUCCAGAUUCAGAUUAAGGCUGAAAUUGAAAUGAAAACAAAAACCUCUGUUCUGCACAGGGCCCACAUGGGGGCUUCUGGGAAGAAGUGCACUGAAGGGAAGAAAUUUUGUUUCAUAUUUAUAUUGUAUUUCCUUAACAUUCUACUUGAAAAUUGUUUAUAAAAAAUCCCAACAUGACAAUACUUUGUAACUGUUCUGUUGUUACUGUAGUUUCUUAACAAAAUUGUUUAUAAUAAAGUUUUCUCUAUUUAUGAAUAAUCUUU